UAAAUGCAUGCAUGAAUCAAUCAGUCAGAGAUUAGUUCACAGUUUACAAGAAUGCACUUAAUUCAUGUUUUAUGCUUGUGCUUAACUCUAAGCCUUGUACAUUGUGAUCAUGAAGAAGACGAGACAGAUUUAUCCACCGCUACUCAAGAAUUGAUUAAUGCUGGUUUAGAUUAUGCUAAUGUAGUACAAGGAUGGCUUGAAAAAAAUGUUGGAAAAGAGGAAAUAAAGAUGGUCAAACAAAAUAUGGCCAAAUUCGGUCAGUUGGCAUUGCAUUUUAUUGAUUCGACUAUUCAAAACUUGAUGAAAGACGAUGACGAUGACGAGGAUUAUGAUCAUAAUGAUGGCGAUCGUCAUGAUGAUAACAAGAAGUACAAAGAUUCACAACCAGAACACAGUGAAUUAUAGAGUCUAUUACUGGACAUAACUGUACAUAUAUUACUUUCUAAAAAAAAUAUAUUUUUUGAUGUUUUCUGAAUUUAAAAAAAACUCAAUGUAAAGAAUAUGUGUGUUUUGUUUUUGUAAUUAUUGCAAAACUAAUCAUUCAU